CCCGCUGCGUCUGCGGAGAGGCCAUCUCGACCCGCGCACGCACGUGUUGUUGGUCUUGUCCGGCGAGCACGGUGCCAAGCGGCCUGUACGCCGGCGCGUCAAUUGACCCCUACGUCGACUGGCGUUGAUCUUACAGCCGUGUGCCUAGGCCUGACGGGGGCUUGGUGCCGAUUGGAACUUACAUCCAUGACUGAGUUGUGGUAACGAUUGGCCAUGGCGGACGCAGGAUCACCAAAUCAAGGCUUCGGUUGUGCAAAAUCUUCACAGGCCACCACCCCUCAGCAACAAGACCCAAGCAAGUCCGCCUCCCAGAACAACAAUCAGCCUAUCAUGGCCACCAUCCGGAACGACGACGAGCGUCUGCUGGCGCGGAUCGGCUACACUCAGGAAUUGAAGCGCGAAUUCACCAAGUGGUCGACAGUCUCCUAUGCCAUAUCCAUUCUCGGAGUGCUUGGAUCCGUACCUGCUACCUUCGGCAGUCCCAUUUCUGCUGGAGGUCCCGCUACGGCGGUAUGGGCGUGGUUCAUAGGCAGUUGCAUGGCCAUGUGCAUAGCAAGUUCGGUUGCCGAGCUGGUGUCGGCUUAUCCAACUGCAGGCGGCAUGUACUUUGUCACAAAACAUGUAGUGCCACCGGAGCACGUAGCCGUUUGGGCCUGGGUCAUCGGGUGGUGCAACUUCCUUGGCCAGGCAUCAGGUGUGGCUAGCUUGGCCUAUACAAUCUCGCAGAUGAUUCUGGCUAUGGCAGUCAUGAACUCUAACCAGCUCCCUGACGGGACGUAUGCCUAUUCGCCUACGGCACUGCAGACUGUCCUCCUGGCCAUAUUGAUCCUGUGCCUCUUCGGCAUAGUCUGUUCUCUGACCACCAAGUUAUUGCACAAGAUCAUCCUUUGGUUUGCUCCAAUCAACAUUUUGGCUUCCAUUAGCAUCUGCAUUGCGCUUCUGAUCCUAACCCCUGACAAGCGGAGCGCGAAAUGGGUGUUUACCCAUGUCGAUGACGGCUCGGGGUGGGGAAGCAAGAGCUUUUCCUUUCUGCUCGGCUUCCUUUCUGUCGCGUGGACGAUGACUGAUUACGAUGGAACAACACACAUGUCUGAAGAAACGCACGAUGCGGCCGUCAGAGGCCCUGUUGCCAUUAGAUCGGCCAUUCUGGUCUCUGGACUUGUGGGCUGGAUGCUCACCAUCACCUUCUGCUUCUGUCUCAGCGACUUUGACAGCAUUGUCAACUCGCCGACCGGGCUUCCAGUGGCUCAGAUUUUUCUCAAUGCUGGUGGAAAGGCCGGAGGAACAAUCAUGUUCUUCUUUGUGAUCUUGGUCCAGAGCUUCACAUGCUGCUCCGCUAUGCUGGCUAACGCUAGGAUGACCUACGCGUUCGCUAGAGACCAAGCUCUACCCCUGUCCGACUGGUGGGGCAGUGUCAACAAAUACACCGGAACUCCUGUCAACGCAGUCUGGCUCGUAGUGCUCUUUUGCACCUGUUUGGACAUCAUUGGAAUCGGUAGCACCAUCACUAUCACCGCCAUCUUCAACAUCACCGCGCCGGCCCUCGAUCUCAGUUACAUCGCCGUCAUUAUCGCCCAUCGUGUCUACGAAAAUCGCGUUCGUUUCAUCGAAGGUCCAUACACAAUGGGCAAAUGGAGCAAGCCGGUCAACGCCAUUGCUGUCAGCUGGGUUCUCUUCAUCAGUGUCAUCCUGUUCUUCCCUACGAACAAGCCGGUUACGCCUACGAACAUGAACUACGCAAUUUGCGUAGGUGGAUUCAUUGCAUUGUUCAGUCUUAGCUGGUGGUGGAUCGGAGCACGAAAGAGGUACACUGGCCCUCGCACCAAGGAUAUCAUCGACGAACUCCCUACGGAGGAUCCGGACGAGGUCAUCAACGACUACGCAUAACCUCACACCUCAUAAUUUCGAACAUUGCAUAUACUCUCGGCCUUCAACAUCGCAUUACAUGAUCUACUUUUCUGCAUGGUUGGCGUUCGAGCAAGCGGGGGAUUUUUGGGUUCUUCAACCGUCAUCUACAUGAUACCACCAUUCGCUGGGAUACUUUUGGGGGCAACACAUUUUUUUGCAUGAGCACGGCGUUUCUAUCCAAAACUUCAAAAAGCACGACAUCAUAUGAACAAGGGGGACUUUGGUUAUUUCGAAAGGGAUAACGGACAUCAAAAACAGGGUGCGGGUUCGGGAUUCGGAAUUCGGGUAUAAAGAGUUACUAGAGACAUUGCAGGCGUUUGACCGCUGCUUCGCUCAUAUGAUUUCCUCUUCCGACAGCAGCGUUCAAGGACUCUCUUUGGUCACUGCAGGCAGUACAGCUGUCAAAUCUGUGUUUCAGUCAUGCCCGGUGCCGGGGGAGGAGGAGGGCGUGACGGCGUCCCUGAGAACGGCCAGAUAGC